AAGAGAAGUGGGCGAUCAGAUCUUCUGUUAGGCGAAGAUAGUAGUAGUGUGCGGCAUGGAUAGAGAAUACGAGCGAUGCUAGAACCAGGCAAACAUGGCUGCUCUAAGGAAUGGUUUAUUGUUAUGUUCGAAUUUUCUUUCAAGUAGCACAAAAUUUGCAGCAUGCGAGUUCCAGCAAAUACGUAACAAAUAUGUUGGUCGGUGGAUGAUUCGUGAUCUUAAACGAAGAAAAAUGGCAGAAGACUGUGCGGAAGAACGACUGCGACUUUUAGCUAUGAAAAGAAAUAACAUUUUGCCAUUGGAAAUUCGAGAAGAAAUUAAUCAACAAUUUGAUAAGAUAAUUCCACGCCAGACAGCUUUAAGACAAUUAACAGCACGGUGUGUACUAACUUCUCGUGGACAUGGUGUCGUCUAUAGGUGGAGAUUAUCAAGAAUUAUGUUCAGGGAGUUGGCUGAUUCUAACAAGUUAUCUGGUGUACAACGUGCAAUUUGGUAGAGAUUAUAUGUACAAUGGUGUUUCAGUUCUUUUGUUGAAAAAAUGUGAAAUAAAUACAACAUAAUUAAUGUAUCAGCUUGUAAAAAAGAACUUCUGAUAAAGUAAGAAGAAAUUCUUUUUUAUAAGGAGCUAAUACUAAAAACACAGUCUUAAACUUAUUGUUAAGAGAUAUGUUUCUAAAAACAUUUCAUGUUAUAAAGAAGACAUUAGCCCAGUAAAAUACUUUAGGAUUAGCGUA